AUGUCCUUCUUCGGCUUCGGCCGCCCAUCGCGCGAGGAACGCGAGCGCGAACCUCUACUGCCGCGUUACAACGACGACACAGCCUUGCAGCAGCGCCUGCACGAGAAGCUGCACACGUACCAGAUGCUACGCGCCAUCGGGAAGGGUUACAUGCCAUCUAAUGAACAGCUCAUCAUCAACCUGCGCAGUCUACUGUCUGCUGACGUCCUCAACCCUGAUACCCCCGACCUCAGCGACUCUGGGCGAGCCCUGGUUCUCAACGUCAAGCUUUUGAUCAAGCAACUUAUCGAGCUACUGUUGCAUAAGAACGACAAGGACCAGAUCCAAGAUUUCAUCUGGUAUCUCACCAAGGCUCGUCUGUCAGUUGAUGCGUACGACAUCGGUGCACGAGCAUCCAAGGCAAAGGCCAGAGCCGACACUGUAGCAGAGGUCUUCCGCGAUACUGCGUUCACCCUGUCGGACGUCUCGAAGCAGGCGGCUAAGGAGAUUGAGCCCUCAAAAGAGGAAGAAGAAGCCGUCAAGCAUCCCAACGGAGAUUCGAAGCCUCCCCCAACCAAGGACGAUUUCGAAGAUGAGGUUGUCGACAUCGCAAAGGUUGUCACUGACGGUGUUGCUCGUGUCGCUGGCGAAGCGGGCCAGAGCUUGACGGAGCAUGUCACUGGCGACGAACAAGAGACCCUGGUACAUAGGCUCAAGAGCACCAUUGUCAAUUUGCGCGAGAGAAAGGACUACUCCGACUCCGUAUCGACUCUCUCAUUACUCAUCCGGCGAUAUUUGUUGGCCUAUUCGCACGCAGUUUCCGACACUAUCCAAGUCGCCCAAGAAGAUAUCGACACCAAUCCAGAGGCUGAUCGUGCGCUCCACAACUUUUGGCUGUUCUUGACGUCUUUGGGGAACCGCGAGCACUGGAACGAUGUUGAGGCUCAGUUCAAGGCGGUCAUGGAGCAUGGUCACAGCGAUCCAGAAUUUGACAACCUCGUCAGACAGAUCGGCAAUCUGCUCCAGGACAUACUGACGGAUCCUGACUUCUUUGAUCACGCCGAGGAUCGCUUCAAGGAACUGAGAGCCAAGUCGAGACAGUUAACAUCCGAGUCCUCAAUACGCGAUGAUCUUGACGCUUUGUUAGAGAAGGUCUAUCUUGCUCUCAACUCUGUGCUUCAAGACACAGAUAUCAAGAAGGCCAUGAACACCACCAGAAGAAUCCUGCGAAUUUUAUCGCCUGCACAUCAAUACACCAACGGCGAAUUGGUGGCAGACUCCAUCAACGUUUUCAUACCCAUGGUAGUACAGGCAAUUCAGUACAUCCCGAUUCCUCGGGUGGAAGUAUCGGUGCCGGCUAUCGAUCUUCUUUUGGAGAACCUUAUUUUGGAACCGGGGCGCACUGUCAACAACAGCUCCUUCCUACCGUUCAAGAUCAAUGUUUCCACACAGAAUGAUGUCGAGAUCCGCAAGGCCCGCUUCCGUACCACGUCCUCGGUGAAGACUCUGAUGAGGAUUACAGUAUCAGGCUUGUCGAUUGCUGCCGAAGACCUCGGAUAUUGGCUGCGCCUCCACUCUGGAAUAUUGAGGUUGGCAGAUGCUGGCAUUGCGGGUUUUCACCUGGAUGAGCGUGGAAUCGAUGUUGCUAUCGAUGUGGAGGUUGGAAAGGAGCGGCUUGAGGACAUAUUGACGCUGCACAAUGUCCGGGUCCGCAUCCACCAUCUCAAUUACAGCCUCCGAAAGAGCAAGUUCUCCUGGCUCGCUUGGCUACUCAAGCCUCUGAUUCGGCCAACGGUGAAAGCCGCAUUGGAAGCUCAGAUUGCGACUAGCAUUGGCGAGCUGCUUCAUUUCGCCAACAGAGAAGUCCUUUUCGCGCGCGAACGAUUGAGGGCCACUCGUAUUGCCGACCCGCAGGAUAUGUGGACAUUCCUUAAGGCCGUGGCGGCCAGGCUGGUACCCCCCGAGGACCCCGAUCUGUACACCCGUGUGGGUGUCGCGCAACCUGGACGGGGAGUUUUCAAGGGUGUGUAUGCCCCUGGUAGUCUCGUUAAAAUGUGGAACGAAGAGGCUGCGCUGGCAGGCGACCGAGUGCACGAGUAUCAACGAGACGGGUGGCGCAAUUCCAUCUUUGAUGUCGGAACAACAGGCACAACGCUUUAA